CUGUGUCGUGGAAAAAAAUACCAAGACAACUGAUCGAACAGAAAUCACGUUUCCCGGGACAAUGGUUCUUGUUUAAUUGUUCUAUCAGUGCAUCCGAUCAUGUGACUUUAUGGUUUAUGAAAAACAGAAAAUCAGAAGAGAAACUGCAAGUUAUUGAUAAAAAGAUAAUAUUGGUUUCUAAGAAUAUCUUCAACAUAACACGCUUGACAGACAAGGAUAGGGGAUUUUACAUAUGCAGAGUUUGCGGACAUGAAAAACAAAUAUUUGUUGAAAUAUUAAAAG